GAGAUGGGGCUGAGGGCCUCGCGGCUGACGUCACUGGGCGGGCGGGCAACGCCGCAACGGCCGUUGGCAAUGACAACAGCCCGAUUCAAACCAACACAAACAUAACCUGCAGUGUCAGCGUGAGCCCCAUUCGAGGCUGAAAAUGGGUGAAGAAUUCAAUGAGGUGUGGCUGGCCGACUUGCUGCCGCUCUACUACAAGCGGCUGUUCCCCGCCGCCCUUUUCCACCGCUGGCUCAGCUACGGGAGCUCGUUCGCGUUUGCCACGCGCGAGAUCAGCUUCACCUUGCUGGGGGACGUGUACAUCCGGUACCAGUCGUUCGACACUGCGGACGAGUUCGUGCAGGAGCUCUGCCGCAAAAUGCCCAUCAAGAUCGACAUUGGGGCCGUUUACCUCACCAAGCCCAGGAGCCGGAAGGUGCUGUCGGUGAUGACGCCCGUGGCGAAGGAAAUGGUCUUCGACAUCGACAUGACCGAUUACGACGACGUGCGGAGCUGCUGCCAAGGGGCGGACGUGUGCCCCAAGUGCUGGCGGCUGAUGGCGAUCGCCGCCCGCGUCCUGGACGCCGCCCUCAGGGAGGACUUUGGCUUCCGCCACAUUCUGUGGGUGUUUUCUGGACGGCGCGGCAUCCACGCCUGGGUCUCGGACGAACAGGCGCGCGGUCUGGACGAUGCGGCCCGCUCGGCCGUGGCCGAGUACCUGCAGGUGGUGAAAGGGGGCACCGCAAAGGGCAAGAAGGUCCACCUGCCCUCGAACAUCCACUCCUCCAUCCGGCGCGCCCUGGCCAUAAUCGAGAAGCACUUCCAGGACAUCGUGCAGGAGCAGGAUCUGUUGGGGGACGAGCAGCGGCUCGGCGCCUUCCUGGCGCUGAUCGACAAGGAGCUGCGCCCCCAGUUCAAGGAGGCGCUGGCGGGCGCCGCCACGUCGCUGGAGCGCUGGCAGGCCUUCGAGCGCACCUUUGUGCAGCUGCUGCAGAAGGGGCAAGUGCCGCGCGGCCAGCGGAACCUGCGGGAGGAGAUCAAGCUGCAGAUUGCCUACCCGCGGCUGGACAUCAACGUGACCAAGAGCCUGGGGCAUCUGCUGAAGGCCCCCUUUUGCGUGCACCCCAAGACUGGGAAGGUCUGCGUCCCCUUCAGCGUCAAGCACGCGGAGAGCUUCGAUCCGCACGGUGUGCCCACAUUGCGGGCCAUCAUGGACGAGGUGGAUGCGUACGACCGCAAAACCAAGGAGCAGGUGGAUGGGGGCGAAGCCCCCUCGGCGCCCCACCGGGCCAGGAUCCCCGACUUCAAGAAAACCAGCCUGAUCAAGCCGUUCAGCUUGUUCGCGGAGUUCCUGCGCGAGCUGGAGCGGGGCGCGAAGCGCCCCCAUUCGCUAGCGGAUUUUUGAGGGGCCAAUCAAACGCCGCCGGUGUGUAACAGGUAUUUAUGCAGUCUAUGUACAAGAUGGGGGCCGGAUGGGGAAUUAAAUCGGGCAACACUGAA